AUGGGCGAUAAGGGUGCCCAAGACGAUGGUCUUCAACAGGCGCCGACUGCUGCUUACACGGUUCCUCGGGCUACUGCUGCUGAUGAUUCACUUUCUAAGACUGCUGCUGAUGCGGCUGCCGCCGCUGCUGCUGCUGCUGCUGCUGACAUCGGGGCUAUGGCAAUUGACAGCAUGGGUUCUGGUUCGGUGAUAGGUGGGAGCCUUCACAGGCAGCCUGAUGCUGGGGUUGAAGGAGAAGCAGCGUUUCCCGCAGCACAACACGAGGAGCCGGGGGAGCCGGAAGCACAAGCGAGAGCAGUGCGAUGUGAGAGCGCCCAGCAGGCAAGUGAAGCCCCGGCAGCAGGUGGUGCUGGAGAGCAGCAGCGUUCGGCUCGACUUCUUCCUCCUGGCGAGCUCCCUACAGCUGCAGCGACUGUGGCAGUGGGAGAAUUGGGGGCAGCGAGGUGCAGGGUGCUGGAACGUGGUGAUGCUGUUGCCGCUGACAGUGUUGCUGCUGCUGCUGCUGCUGCUGCUGGCACUGGUGGCACUGAUGGUGUUGCGGAUAUGCAAGGGGGUGGUGAAUCCGGCUGUGCUGCAGCUGUGGCGAAGCCAUCGCACGACGGCAUGGUGUGUGCUGUGACGCCGCGGGAUCUUGAUGGCACCAUGGCAGUGGCGGGGUUGCCGAAUCCAGUGCCACCCACAACACCUGGAGAUGCUUCCGCUGCAAAUAGCCCUGUUGCAGCUACUCCUUCUGCAGCUGCCGAUGUUGGUGCUGGCACUGCAGCUGCUGAUUUUUGCGACCCCAGCAGUGCGUCGCUCCCCUGUCCUCCUGCUGCCGCUGCUGAUCCCACCCUGACAGAUCCCACCGCUGCAGUGCCUGUCGGCGCCAUUCCUUCCACCCUCCCCACUGCCAACGCCACCAAUAACCUCAACACCACCAGUGCUGCCACCAACAUUGCCGGUGCUGCCAACACCACCGGUACAGCUGGCACUGCUGCAGCGGGGUCCCAGCUACUGCCAUUCAACACGGAGCGAGUGGAGAGCGUGUACGCUUUAGCCAGCGAGGAGCUAGGCCGGGGCGAGUUCGGCGUGGUGCGCACGUGCAUGCACCGCACCACGGGGCAGCUCUUCGCCUGCAAGUCUUUAGACAAGGCGCGGCUGAAGGAGAGCGCGCGCGUGGAGGACCUGGAGAUGGAGCUGUACUGCAUGGGCAUCAUGCCGCGGCACAACAACGUCGUGCAGCUCGCGAGUGUGCAUGAGGACGAGCGCGCCGUUCACCUGGUCAUGGAGCUGUGCGACGGGGGGGAUCUGUUUGAGCUGAUAGCCAAGGCGGGGCGGCUGCCCGAGGUGUUUGCGGCGUGGAUGUUUCGGCAGGCGGUUGAGGCUGUGGCGUUUUGCCAUGAGUACAAUAUUGCGCACCUGGAUAUCAAGCCGGAGAAUCUGUUGAUUCGGACCAGGAGGAACCUGCCUGGGGGGGCGUCGGCGGCGGCGUCGGUGGCUCUUGCGGCCAUGGGUGCGGCUCAACAGCAGCAGCAGCAGCAGCAGCAGCAGCAGAAGUAG